AUGGCAGACCAGACGGACGUCGAUCUCGACUCCAUCAUCGACAGAUUGUUGGAGGUCCGCGGAAGCCGCCCCGGAAAGCAGGUGCAGUUGAUGGAAUCGGAGAUUCGUUUCCUCUGCACCAAAGCGAGGGAGAUCUUCAUAUCGCAGCCGAUCCUGUUGGAGCUGGAGGCUCCCAUCAAGAUCUGCGGUGAUAUCCACGGUCAAUACUACGACCUGCUGCGACUGUUUGAAUACGGAGGAUUCCCGCCCGAGGCGAAUUAUCUCUUCCUCGGUGACUACGUCGAUCGAGGAAAGCAGUCCCUCGAGACCAUCUGCUUGUUACUCGCAUACAAGAUCAAGUACCCGGAAAACUUUUUCAUUCUGCGGGGAAACCACGAGUGCGCAUCCAUCAAUCGUAUCUAUGGAUUCUACGAUGAGUGCAAACGGAGGUACAACAUCAAGCUGUGGAAGACGUUCACCGACUGCUUCAACUGCUUGCCCAUCGCCGCCAUCAUCGACGAGAAGAUCUUCACCAUGCACGGUGGAUUGUCUCCCGACCUGAACUCCAUGGAGCAGAUUCGCCGCGUCAUGAGGCCUACCGAUAUUCCCGAUUGUGGACUCCUCUGCGAUCUCCUCUGGUCCGACCCCGAUAAGGACAUCACUGGAUGGAGUGAAAACGACCGCGGUGUUUCCUUUACCUUCGGACCGGACGUAGUGUCUAGGUUCCUGCAGAAGCACGACAUGGACUUGAUCUGCCGUGCCCAUCAAGUCGUUGAGGACGGAUACGAAUUCUUCUCGAAAAGGCAGUUGGUCACGCUGUUCUCGGCUCCUAACUACUGUGGAGAGUUUGACAAUGCUGGUGCGAUGAUGAGCGUGGAUGAGAGUCUCCUCUGCUCGUUCCAGAUCCUCAAACCGGCCGAAAAGAAGCAGAAGUACGUCUACGGUGGCAUGGGAUCGGGGAGACCGGUCACUCCCCCCAGGAAGCAAAAGAAGAAGUAA